AUGACUAAUCAAUAAGGACCCUUCUCUACCCCCGCAUUUAUCAUAAAGCUUUAUGAUAUGCUUGACGAAUAAGUAUUUUAAUAUGAUAAUACCAUAAAGAGCACUCCGUAAUUUUAAACAAUAAUUAAGUGGAGUGAUGAUGGUGAAUACUUAAUCGUUGUGAAUCCUAAAGAAAUGGAAUCCCAGAUCCUACCACAAUAUUUCAAACACAAUCACUACUAAUCUUUUUUAAGACAAUUAAAUAUGUAUGAGUUCCAAAAAGCACGCAAUUCAGAGAAUCACGAAAUAUUUACCCAUCCAAAUUUCAAAAAAGGAUGCAAGAAGCAAUUAUCUCUAAUUAAAAGAAAUCCAAUUAAAUAAAAGGUCUUACUAAAGAAAGACAAGAAGAAUGCAAAAGUUGAAUCUACAGAGGUAGAAUUUGAACAACAAAUGGAAUAAGAAUUGACAUUCUUAAAGUAAAGGUAGCACUAAUUUGAAAAUGAUUUCAAAGCGAUAAGUGAAUAAAAUUAGAUUAUUAUGGAACAACAUAACUCAAUAUGGUCUUAAUUAAGCUUGUCAAGAUAAUCAUUGGAUGCGAAAAUAGAUAGACUCAGCUAUUUGCUAAGCUUCUUUCUAAAAUAACAAGAUACAAGCAUCAAAGAAAACAACAAUGAAUAGGAUUUAUUUAAAACUAAUGUUAAGAUAGAGUUUGAGCCCUCAUUAUCACAAACUUAAUAAAUGGAAUCACUAUCACCAAUUCUUAGAAUGAUGUAACAAUAACUCAACUAUUCAAUGAAGAAAAACUUAUCAACAUUUAGCCCUAAUUAAUUAAAUUCUCCACUACCAAUCAGAAGUUAAUAAGAAAAUCAGGACAGUUAAUAUUCAAACCUAAGCCCCCUAUAUUAAAAGUCCUUUUAAGAUUACAUAUGA